UGAAGCACCUCUGUGGCUUCACAUGGAUGGAUGUGUGUUUUGCUGUGAACUGUGUGAGCUCUGCUCUCGCUCCUGUAUGUCAGCGAAUCACUGCAGCAGAAUGGAGACGUGAGAAAACAGCGCUGUGUUUUAUUAAAUCACACCGCCGCUGUCGAGGAACUUUUUUUUUUUUUUUUAAAUAUUAUCUCUUCCUCUCUUCCUACAAAUUACGGACGCGCAUUAAAUUUGAUAUCAGAAGUCAUGGAAGUCGCUCCUGCAUUUCUGUUUCUGCAGUGCGUCUGUCUGCGCGUUUCUCUGGCGGCUGAUUGGGAGUUUGUGGACACUAAUUUUGCCUUCAUCGGUGAUGCAAUCGACUACAAAGAUCCGUGUAAAGCUGCUGCCUUUCUGGGAGAUAUCGCCCUUGAUGAAGAUGACCUCCGCAUGUUCAAAGACGCCCACAGCAGCAAUGGUGCACAGCACACUGUCAAAACCAACCACACAGACUCAGUUAAUAGCACCACUUCCAGUGAAAGUAUCAGGAGUGCAGACAGACAGAGUCUCCGUCGCCGGAGGAGAGCAGCCACUUCCAGACCUGAGCGAGUGUGGCCAGAUGGCAUCAUCCCGUAUGUCAUCAGCGGGAAUUUCAGUGGCAGCCAGCGAGCCAUUUUCCGUCAGGCGAUGCGUCACUGGGAGAAACACACUUGUGUGACGUUCACUGAGAGGACGACUGAAGAAAGCUACAUUGUUUUCACUUACCGACCUUGUGGGUGUUGCUCCUACGUGGGGAGGAGAGGUGGCGGCCCUCAGGCCAUCUCUAUAGGAAAGAACUGUGAUAAGUUCGGCAUUGUGGUGCAUGAACUUGGCCACGUGAUCGGCUUCUGGCAUGAACACACACGUCCGGACCGUGACGAGCAUGUAAGCAUCAUCAGAGACAACAUCCAACCAGGACAGGAGUAUAACUUCCUGAAGAUGGAGCCAGGUGAGGUCGACUCACUCGGGGAGGUGUACGACUUUGGCAGCAUCAUGCAUUAUGCAAGAAAUACAUUUUCAAGAGGCAUCUUUUUAGACACCAUCCUGCCCCGUUACGAUGUCAAUGGAGCCAGGCCACCUAUUGGACAGAGGACCAUGCUUAGCAAAGGGGACAUCGCACAAGCCCGCAAGCUCUACAAGUGUGCGAGGUGUGGGGAAAGCCUGCAGGACAGUGCUGGAAACUUCUCUUCUCCUGGCUUUCCAAAUGGCUACUCGGCUUACGGUCACUGUGUCUGGAGGAUUUCUGUCACUCCUGGAGAGAAGAUUGUUCUGAAUUUUACUUCCAUGGACCUCUUCAGGAGUCACUUGUGUUGGUACGAUCACGUGGAGGUUCGAGAUGGCUUCUGGAGAAAAGCUCCUCUGAAAGGCCGUUUUUGUGGAGACACACUUCCAGAUCCGAUCAUUUCAGCUGACAGUCAACUGUGGAUUGAAUUCAGAAGCAGCAGCAGCUGGGUUGGCAAAGGCUUUUCAGCAGUGUAUGAAGCCAUCUGUGGGGGAGAGGUGAAGCGGGACAGCGGCCAAAUCCAAUCGCCCAAUUAUCCUGAUGACUACCAGUCCAACAAAGUGUGUGUGUGGAAAAUCACAGUAGCGGAAGGUUUCGAUGUUGGCCUCUCCUUCCAGUCAUUUGAGAUUGAGAGACAUGACAGUUGUGCCUAUGACUAUGUGGAGGUGAGGGAUGGCAGUUCGGAGACCAGCCCGCUGCUCGGACGUUUCUGCGGCUAUGACAAACCAGACGACAUCAAAAGCAGCUCCAACCAGCUCUGGCUCAAGUUUGUAUCUGAUGGUUCGGUCAACAAAGCUGGGUUUGCAGCCAACUUUUUUAAAGAGAUGGACGAGUGCUCCAGACCUGACAACGGCCAAUGCGAGCAGCGCUGCAUGAACACGCUGGGCAGCUACAGAUGUGCCUGUGAGCCUGGAUAUGAGCUGGCAGCUGAUAGACGUAGCUGUGAGACAGCUGCCUGUGGUGGGUUCAUUACAAAGCUGAAUGGUUCCCUCACCACCCCCGGUUGGCCCAAAGAAUACCCUCCCAACAAGAACUGCGUGUGGCAGCUGGUGGCGCCCACUCAGUACCGUAUCACUCUUGUGUUUGACGUGUUCGAGACCGAAGGAAAUGAUGUGUGUAAAUAUGAUUACGUGGAGGUGCGCAGUGGGUUGACUUCAGACUCAAAGCUUCAUGGGAAAUUCUGUGGAGCGGAGACACCCGAGGUCAUCACCUCCCAACACAACAACAUGAGGAUUGAGUUCAAGUCUGACAACACCGUCUCCAAGAAGGGUUUCAAGGCCCACUUCUUCUCCGAUAUAGAUGAGUGCUCCAAAGAAAAUGGAGGCUGCCAGCAUGAAUGUGUGAACACCUUUGGAAGCUACAGCUGUCAGUGUCGCAGCGGCUUCAUGCUGCAUGAUAAUAAGCACGACUGCAAGGAAGCGGGCUGUGAUCAUGUUGUAAAUAGUCUGUCAGGCACAAUAAGCAGUCCCAACUGGCCUGAUAGAUAUCCCAGCAAGAAGGCCUGUACCUGGUCUCUAUCCACGACCCCAGGACAUCGUAUUAAACUUGUUUUCAAUGAGAUCGACAUGGAGGCUCAUCUGGAGUGUGCUUAUGACCAUCUGGAGAUCUACGACGGCCGAGACGUGCAGGUCCCAAGUCUCGGACGUUUCUGUGGCACCAAAAAACCUUCUCCGGUCGUCUCCAGUGGCAACAAAAUGUUCCUGCGUUUUUUCUCAGACAACUCAGUGCAGAAGAGAGGCUUUGAGGUUUCAUACGGCGCAGAAUGUGGAGGAAGCCUAAAAGCCGAGGUCAAGACAAAAGAUCUCUACUCUCAUGCCCAGUUUGGAGAUAACAACUACCCCGGCGGCUCUGACUGUCUGUGGGUGGUCUCAGCUGAGAAAGGUUACGGAGUGGAGAUCAUCUUCCAAGUGUUUGAGCUCGAGGAGGAGGCCGACUGCGGGUAUGAUUACGUGGAGCUCUAUGAUGGCGCUGACAUCAAGUCUCCGAGGCUGGGACGAUAUUGUGGAUCUGGGGUCCCAGAGGAGGUUUACUCAGCUGGAGACGCCAUAGUUUUAAAGUUUCACUCAGAUGACAGCAUCAAUAAAAAAGGCUUUCAUGUACACUACACAAGCACAAAGUUCCAGGACACGUUACACGCAAGCAAGUGACUCUAAAUCUACCCCAAACCUAAAUGGAGACUUCACCCCUAACAUUUGGUGGGACACACCCAUUUCAGGACGAGGAGUGAAUGCAUGGAUUGACGCCACAAACACCAACCCACAUACUUUACAUUCACAUCUGUUAGAGUGAAGCCGAGGCAGAGAAAAUGCAUCUUUACUCUUCCUCACUACGUAGCUAUAUAGGAUUAAAGACAAGGACUAGCUUGCAGUGAUUUCUUUCGAGUAAAUUCAGUCGCACCGCCUGUAAUGAGCUGAUUACUUCAUAGCGCCGUGUUAAGAUAUAAAAUGUAUAUAUUGUGAUAUAGCUUACCUUGUUUUGUUUUUUAAUUUUAAAAUUGGAAUAUCAACUGUGUCACUGUUUGUGGUUGAAAGGUCGACCACUUCCAAUGAACGUGAUGGACUUUGUUGUGUUUUAUCACUGGAUAAAUGCAGAUUUAAUAUGUUGAAAGCUCAGUUUGUUCCUGACAUCAGACCUGGUCCCUUUGCAGUACAUUAACAUCGCUCACAGUAUAUUUUGGGCUCCUUUUCUCUCUCCUCUGGUUGGUCUUUCUGUGUGUUAAAUUGUCUCGCAGCAAACAUCAGGAACAGCUCGGCAAUGGGUGAUAUUUGCACCACGUUCUUUGAUCUAUUCAAUAGUUUCCCUUCACAUUUAGGACUAUUUGCUUAUCAGUAAAUGUUUCUCUACACUGACCUUAAAAAGCAGCUUAACAUCAGCUGAAGACCUUGAUUUUGUUUACCCCACAAUGACAGUAUAAGUUUUGUCUGUCCUGCUUUGUUCGCCUCACAGCUAAUCUAAAAAUGGGCAAAAACAUGAAUCAUUGGUGGACCUGAGGCAAGCUGAAUAAAGCCUGGGUAUUCUCAAACAAGCCACCUGUAAUGGCAACUACCUGUCAGUCAAAGUGACCACACUGGUAAUUAUCCAAAAUUUAAGCCUAAUAUAAUUUAAAAGGGUGAGUUAUAUAAAAAUUCACCCUCAGCACAGUUUUCAUGAACGGGGAAAUUAGCUAAAGAGACC